AUGUCUUCUGGUUCUAACAAUUCUUAUCUUAACACUAAUAAUGAUUCUGAAUUAGUACAUGUAUUUAAAAUCCCUGAAAUUAAAAGAAUGAAUUAUCCUAAUUUCUCAUUAACAAUAACCUCUCCUAACUCAGACAUCCCUAAAGUGCUUCCUAUAUCUACAAAUAUUGUUCCUUUAAUCAACAAUGGUGCUCAACAUGAUUUUAAUGGCAAUACUAAUACUGAAAGUGACUUGAAACCAGUUAGUUUCAAGAGUCUUCUACCAAUUAUGAUAUCAAAUAUACAACCAAUAAAACCACUUUUUGUUGCUAAUUCCCAUUCAAAAUUGAACAGUGAAAAUACUUCUAAAAGAAGAAGUAAAGAUAACAAAAGUGAUCUAGGAUCAAGUGAAACUAGUUCUGAACCCCUAAAAGAUCACGACAAACAAUGUACCAGUAAACAUAAAAAAGAAAAAUCCGAACAGAAAAGUGAUAGCAAAAGUACUGAUGAAGAUGUUAAAUGUAGUCAUGAAUUUGCUGAUUUAAAAGAUGAUAAUAAAAUGUUUAAGGAUGAAGUAAUUAAUUUAACACAAAAAAUCUUUAAAAAACAAGGUUUAAUACUUAACAAAGAAAAGCCAAAAAUACUCUUCGAAUCAAAUGACAAAUCAAGUUUGUUAUCUGCAGCGGCUAUUCAAAAUAGCCUAUAUAACAAAACUAAUGUUAUGUUUUAUUUUAUGACAGAACAAAAUCUUUAUGGUGCCUAUUUUUCAAAGUUUGGCAGUAAACCAAAUGAUGAUAAGUGGAUGGAUGACGAAAAAUAUAGAAUUUAUUCUAUCUUCAGAAAUAUGCAAUUCCAUUUACAAGAAUGGAAGAGAAAAGAGUUUGAAGACCCAGAUGAUCCCUCAAAAAAUAUACUUCAUGCCUAUGGACUUUUCACUCCAUUAAAUACAGAAAAAGAGGCUAUUCAAACAUAUUGUGGAAUUGUAGUUAAUAAAGACAGAAGUGUGCAAUGGGACGAUAAUUUCGAUGAUUAUUAUGAAUGUACUGAAAGUAAAGAGCCAUUCUUUAAUGCAAAAGAUGAUAGAAAAGAGAAAGUAGUGAAACUUAUCAUUGUUGGACGGGCAUAA